GAUGUUCAGCAACAACCUUCUCAAGAUAAGCUGUCUCGUUGCUCGCAGUUUCUCACACUCCUCUGAGCUCUGCAGACAUGAACGGUAACUUUGGCCACUCGCCCCAGCCAGUGUUCACGGUGGAUUCUGGCAGAGGUCAUCCUGAACAAGACUUGUAUUACCACCAGCAGUUGCCCAGACCACCUGUGCCAUGCUGGACCUUCCCGCCUGCCCGAGCUGAGAUGAAGAAAAGGGGCUGGGGGACUAUGAAUAAAGGGAUAGUCUGGGUACUGAUACUGAUACUCCUGCUGGUUUUUGCAGCCCUGGGACUGGGAGCCUAUCAGAUCCUGAGGUUACAGACUGAAAUGCAGCAGCUGACACAGGAAAUACCCGCACAACUGCAGAGCCCCGUUCCACAGAAACAAGUUGGCCUAUAUCCUGCUGAGCUGAACAAGAACAGACAAAACUCUGCAGCACACUUAAUAGGUUGUGCUGACCAGAGCGAAUCAUCUCGAACUCUGAAGUGGGAAGCAAAAUUUGGUGAUGCCUUCACAGAAGGUGUCAAGUACAUCAACGGUGGCCUUCUGGUCAACAAGACCGGUUUGUACUUCGUUUACUCCCGCGUGGAGUUUAUUUCACCCAUGUGCAACUCCAGAGAAUCUUAUACACACAUAAUCAGUCGGCAGAGAAACGGCCACAGCCGGAUAAUCAUGGAAGAUCACCAAGAGGGGUUUUGUACGGUGGGGAGCAAACAUCCGUGGAUGACCGGCAGUCAUUUAGGCUCGCUUCAGCAUCUCAGGCAGUCCGACUGGCUGUUUGUCAAUGUCUCAAACCCCAAACUGAUCAGCAAAAAUUAUCACAGCAACUAUUUUGGCCUCUUCAAGAUCAACUGAUCAUGGAGGACACUUAGGUGGUGCAUAUGAAGGACAUGAUUGUGAUUUCAGAUGAAGAGGUCGGCUGAGAUCCUCAGAGUUUCACAUUUGAUUUUGAAUGUAUCAGUUGCCUGUAGCCAUUAAAUUCUUUAGAAAUGUCAUGCAGAAGAGUUUCAGAUUGAAAGAACACUAAUACGCUUCUGUAUCAGGAGAAAUUUGAUUAAAUCUAAAUAUUUAUUUUCUCUAAAGUCUGAUUGUAUAUUCACAGGAUCAGUGGUCAUAUUGACUGAGUAAUAUAUCAAUAAUGGUUAAGAAUUGUGCUCAAUAAAAAAUUGCAAAAACUA